AUGAAAAAGGUUGGUUGUAUAGUGUUGUUAUAACGGUUGUGUAUAUCCGUUCAGCUUAUGCGCUGCCUUUGUUUGGGAGCCCCACGAUGUGGAAAGACGAGUAUGCUGCUGACUUUGAAUAUGACCGAGAACAUCCUUUCCCGUCCUUACAUCCCGACAAUUGAAGAUACGUAUCUUAUACAGACCGGACUCGAUACCGCCGAAAAACCUCUCGAACAUGUAACUUUUUAUGACACGGCUGGGAUUACGAAGGAUAACAUGGAGUUAAAGAGGUCGUUGGUUCAAAUAACAGAUUGGUUUGUAUUGGUUUUCUCUCUUUUAAAUUAUGAAUCAUUUGAAGUGGUAGAUUCCUUAAAGAAGUACCUGGAUAAAAAUGUGCUUAAAGAAAAGAAAGAUGUGAGUUGUAACGCUAGAAAAGUAUGAGUAUUUAGUCUCAAAUAGUUCUCAUUGGGACAAUGGCAGAUGCAGAUGCGAAGCGAAUCAACUCGGAAACGAUACAGCAAUGGGCUACGCGUGAAAAGGGUGAGUUUAUCUCCAAUUUUUACAUGGCCUACCCUUUAUCUGGGGCAGCUUUCAUUUGGGGGAGAUCGGGUAAAGAUCAAAUUCAUAGCCAUGAUGCAAAAUUUUUUGACAAGUGUCGGCUGCCCGCAAAUGUCGCAUGCUGCCAGCAAAGUGGUUUCCUGCAAAUGUCGCGGCGCCCGUAUAUGGUUAGCCCAAAAGGUAGAUUGGCUAGUCAAUGUUUGGCCGGGCUUCGUUACCCAGAAGCAAAAAGCUCAGCCCGGUUGCAAUAUCUGGAUCUGCCCAAAAUGAAAAGUUGCGAUUGAUGUUUAUAAAUUUAGUUCGGUACUUUGAAAUAUGCACAGCAGACCGUGCUUCCAUUGUUGAAGUUGUACAUUACAUGGUGGGAAGGCAGUUUCAUGCUCCGCGUAAGUUUCAUGUUUUAUUCUUGCUAUUUAUUUUUCCGAUAGUAUCAAAUAUCAAAACAGUCUUUGUACUAGUCGCGACACGAAGUCCCGACACUUUUGCAUAGUGCGGUUUCUUUUUUCUUUCGGACCUAAGAACGUUGUAGGUCGUUCUGAAAAAUUUUGAAAGCCCCAUCGAAAGAGACCCCCAACCGGGAAAUAGUGGGUAGUAAGGUAACCAAUUCCGAGGAUUUCGAAAAUGACAUCCAUUUUUUCUGUGUUUACUUUUUUCUUAGUUAGUACUGUUAAUAGUAAUUUUUAAAUUUUUUUCUCGAAAUACUCGAUUUAGGGGUUUUCUAGGGUGCUGAUUUCGAAAAUCUUAUUCAUUUUUUCUGAUUUGAAAGCAACACCAUCGAAAACCCCCAAAUCGAGUAUUCGUGAAAAAAUUCAAAAAAUUACUACUAUACUUAGUCGCGCCAUAAAGUCCUGACACAUUUGUCGCCGGUGUCACAAAAAAGCUUUAAUUUCCAUGAUUGACAACGAAAGUUCACAAAAAAGGGGGAGGGAGGAGGAGCCGACAGAGAGACGCAGAAAUUUUUACAAAGAGAGAAAUUGCGCAACUUUUAACUUUGGACUAAAUCCGCAGGGUUCGGAUGGACUAGCGCGCUGAAAUUUAUAAAGCGCUUCCCAUAUAUGGGAGGUGCUUUAUAAAUUUCAGCGCACUUGUCUGUUCGACCCCUGCGGAUUUCGUCCAAAGCUAACUUUGGACGAAAUUCGCUCAAUCUCGUCCUAAGAGUGGACGAAAUUUUUUUUUGUCUGGACGAAAUCAAAAAAUCCACCCACUUGACGAAUUUUUCAAAAUUUCGGGCCUCAAAUGGACCAAGUCCAUUUGGGACCCCUCUCCUUGGAUAAAUUGAAUUUAUCCUACCCUUGGACUAAUCACAUGGACUUGAACUGAAUUUGCUGUUUUCGAUCCAAAGUUAACUUUGGACUAAAUCCGCCAUUUUUAGUCCAAAAUAGUAAUAUUCUGGGAUUUGAAGUCACACCCCGUAUUUUUACAUUUUAAGGUUACUGUUGAGAUUUUUGGGGCGGAGGGGUGGAAAAAAGUGGUAAGGGGGGACCAAGGACAAAUUUUUGCUAUAAGAAACGAAAUGUUUUACAGAACUGCCAGUUCAGGCAUUUUCUUAUAUUGUACUAGGUAUUUUAAAGAGUCAUUGGCCGAAUUCAGCUUGUUCUCAAGACGAAACCGUCUAUUUGAACAUACCGAUUUAUUUUUGACAUCCUAAAUGUGCUUUAGCAUGUCAAAGUAGCCAAUGUUAGCGCAAACUCAAGAAAAAAAAACCAACUGCCAGUAAGGGGCCGACAAGAAACAAAAAUCAACGAUGUAAAGCAUCGUUGACUCCGCGCAAAUAGGUAAAACACGUGAAGACUGUAAAAUACAGCCGUGGUCAUAAUUAUAAGCCAGAAAAAAACAUUACCCAUGAAGAAAACUUAUUUGUGACGAAAAAUUUAUUUUUCUCGCCGCCAAAAAAAUUCAGAAAAUGCAUCAUCCAAACUUCAUAGUUUGGAUGAGCGAAAGUUUUGAACCUGGUGUCUUUUUCAGAGUACACUAGGGAGUGCUGGUAGUCAUUUACAACCGUUUUUAAUAGACUGCCGCGUUUUAAACGGGUGUCAUCCUGACAUAUUUUCGGGACUACGCUAGGCUCCGCAAUUUGCGCCCUGUGAUUUGACAGAUUUCACUGUCAAAAUUUUUUGUUACCAAGUUUUUCUUCAUGUAUUUCUUUGUUCUCCUGGCUUUUAACUUGAUUACGGCUGUAUUUUACAGUCUUCACGUGUUUUUUUAGCUAUAUGCGCGGAGUCAACGAUGUUUUACAUCGUUAAUUUUUGUUUCUUGUCGGCCCCUUACUCGCAGUUGGUUUUUUUCUAGAGUACAUUGGCUGUUUUGACAUCCUAAAGAACAUUUAGGAUGUCAAAAAUAAAUCAGUAUGAUCAAAUAGACGGUUUCGUCUUGAGAACUAGCUGAAUUCAACCAAUAACUCGUAAAAAUACCUAGUACAAUAUACUAAAAUGCCUGAACUGGCAGCUCUGUAAAAGAUUUCGCUUCUUACAGCAAAAAUUUGGCCUCGGUCCCCUUUUACCACUUUUUUGCACCCCCUCCGCCCCAAAAAAUCUGUAUAAUACCUAGUACAAUAUAAUAAAUAGGAUGCACAGGCAGUCCUGUAAAAAUUUCGCUUCCUAGAGGAAAAAUUUGUUCUUGGUCCCCCCUCACCACUUUUUUCCACCCCCUCCGCCCCAAAAAAUAUGUAUAAUACCUAGUACAACAUACACAGAUUUCAAAAGUCAAAUUUUGAUCUUCCAACCAAAAAUGUAAAAAAAUCCAAACUUUGGACUUAGUCCACGGAGUGGACUUCGUCUAUCUAGAUGGACGAAAAAGCAAAAGUCCACGGGAACAAAUUUGCCUGGACUAAUACCGGCAGAUUUAGUCCACACUUUGGAUCCGGCAAAAAGUCCAUGAAAUUUUUGGACGAGAUUGGGCGAAUUUCGUCCAAAGUUAACUUUGGACGAAAUCCGCAGGGGUCGAACAGACAAGUGCGCUGAAAUUUAUAAAGCACCUCCCAUAUAUAUAUACCCCUAGUGCAACGCUCAGAUUUUGUUUAAAUUUUGCACACGGGCGGGACAUAGGCCUUAUUUCCUGAAAGUUUUAGGUCGCGCCUUUGAGGGGCGGCCAAAAUACUCAACCAUCUUUUGCAUCCAAGAGGGUACGAGAGUGGUCACACAAAAUAUUGGGGACAAAAACGGCCUGGGGACAAAACCGGCGUGGGGAAAAACCGGGCCAAUCACGACCGGUUUCCAUAGCACAGCGGAGCAGUGUUUCGGUGGCCUAGUGGGGUAAGACGGUAGAGGUGAACCAGAUCUUUUAUUAGACAUGUGAAAAGUAUUUCAAUCUUGUUAGCCUCUCAGAAGCGAACGGUCGUGAAAUCCAACUGGCCGUUGGAUUUCAAUCUAGGGUGUAGAGCAAAAAAUAGCAGCUAAUAAAAUGUGAUCCGAGACCAGUUUUUACACUCUUUAAAAUGGUUUAUGUCUCCAGAAAAACCAGGAUGCGUGGUUUUACCGAUCCCUCCUACCCUUAAAACUCAAACUUAGCGCAGCCAUCAAGCAUUAUGGAUAUAUUUUUUCAGGAGAACCAAAGUUUUCCUUGUCAAAGAAAUUAAAGCCGGAUAGAUCGAAUGCCCAGAUUUUGAUGGAUUUCUAA